CUUCCAUGGAAUAGAAUGACAUCUACAGUACUGUCCAUUUCAGUGUCUUUAUAAGACUUCCCUGCACCUUCACUCUCAACACCAUCUCCACACAAAAGCUCCACACUUUGAAUUCCUCCUUGCUCCCUCUUCUCUUCUUAUACCUCUACUGGUUAACUCUUUUUCUUCACAAUGUCUACCUCACAAACCUUGGAUAAACCCUUGUAUGAACCAGUUAAAAUUCAUGGUGGCUAUGCUCUUAUUCAAAGGAACACAUCCCCUCCUCAAUCUGGGGAAAGAAGAGGCAGAAGAAAGCAGCCAGAACCAGGGAGGUUUCUUGGAGUCAGGAGGAGACCUUGGGGUAGAUAUGCUGCUGAAAUUAGAGACCCAACAACUAAAGAAAGGCACUGGCUUGGUACAUUUGAUACUGCUCAAGAAGCAGCUCUUGCUUAUGAUAGGGCUGCUCUUUCAAUGAAAGGCACCCAAGCUAGAACCAACUUUAUAUACACUGAUAAUGGUACCUUUCACUCUCUUCUUACUCCAUUUGAUAUUCAACCAUUCUUGCCACCAUCACAGUUUCUCACAGGCACUCUUCAGGAUAAUAAACAACAAGAAGCUCCCACCAACCACAACAGUCCACCCAAGCAUGAGAUUUGUCAGAAUGAGACUCACAACCAAUCAAGUAGUGAAACUUGUGGUGCUGAGACUUCCACUGAAUCAGCAUAUGAUAACAGUUUCUUCUUUUCCCAGGACGAUUCUAACUCUGGCUACUUGGGCUGCAUUGUCCCUGAUAACUGCCUGAGACCACCUGCCACUCCCACAUGUACAAUCUCCAAAACCAACAGCUACAAAGCUCCAAGUGAUCAUCAAAACUUUUCUUCUAUUACCGCAAUUUCCAUUGAAGACAAAACACAUUGUAAUAACCAUGCAUUUCUUCCGGAUACUACAGGUCUGCCAAGUAAAGCCCUUAACCCUGGAAACUAUCCCUGCUUUGACGAUCUCAACUGUGGUUUCUGGGGAGAUCAGAAGCCAUGGGAGUUCAACUCUGAUGAGCUCUCUGCGAUGAUCAAUAACCCGUUAAUGGUGGGAGAUGUGUGCAUGGAAAAUUUUUAUCCUAGCGCCAACGAUCCUGGUUAUGGGUCAGUUCCUCAAGCUACUUCUUCAGUAUCUUGCACUCCGUCACUUCCUCCUUAUGGUGAUAUAGUCGACUAUGGCUAUUCAUUUUUCUAAGUAUGGGAUGUUUAAUGAGUUAUCUACCAGCAUUCUAUUUACUAUUUAGUCGUAUUUUGAUUUACAUGCACUUUAUGUUUUACUGUAAUUACACAGAGAGUUUCCAUAUGUGAGCAAGAAAGAGAUAUGGAAUGGGUAUCGCAAUCCCUGGUCCUAUGAGUUCUAAAGAAAGUGGUUAGUUUGAAAAGCUUCUUAGCUUGUUUCAAGGCAGAAAGUGCUCAUUAUUAGAUGCGCAAAAUAUCGACUGCGAUUGGUGUCUGUCUUUACGGCUAUUUGCCUUAGCUUUUUUCGACAAUGUUGAGAAGAUGACGCACGCCAUUUCCAAGCGCCACAGAUUGAUGAAUCAUGAAUCACUAAGCUAUUGCAGCCCAUAACCCUUUUCUCAUCUUCAAGACUAUUAACUGCUUGCCACUGUUUACUUCAUUUCAUUGCAUUUCUGUGUUCAGUUGCAUUCAAAUGGGAUUUGGUAUAUUUUCCUGAUUGGACUAGGUCCAUCCCUGCAACUUUUUCUGGCAUUUGCUGUUGGUCCAAACUUUUCAAUCCAUAUACUGAGCAGGACCAUCUCUAUGCAAAAACUCAAAAAAGGGCUGCAUGUACAAUAACUAGAUCGAUAGGUUCCUCAAUUCUCAAUUCUCAUCCACUUAAUUUGACAUGCCAAUAUUAACAUAUUUAAUAUUAACUCCAUAAGUGUACUUGACCUUCAGUUGAUCUAGGAGCUAAUUACAGGCAUAAUAGGUCAAGGCUAGAUUGACUAUUU